UUCUUUUCGAGUUGGUGGGGCCGCUAUCCUUCUUUCGAACGUGGCAUCAGACCGUGGGUCAUCCAAGUACGAACUCCUCCACACUGUCCAAACACACAUGGCAAGUUGUGACUCUUCAUACAACUGCAUUUUCCAAGAAGAAGAUGAUAAAGGAAACUUAGGAAUAUCAGUAACCAAAGAUCUUGUAAUAUCAGCAGAUAAUGCUAUUCAAUCCAACAUAAAAAGGCUUGCUCCAUUAGUCCUUCCCUUAUCAGAACAAAUUUUCUAUGCAAUAAAUACUUUUCUUGUAAAACACUUGCAUUUAGCAAACUCCAUGGCUUGUAAACCUAAAUUCACUAGGGCUUUUGAUCAUUUUUUCCCACACCUCGGCGCGAAAUUUUUACUCGAUGAACUUCAGAAGAAAAUGGGAUUUAGUGAUGAACAGAUGGAGGCUGCUAGGAUGACACUUCACAGAUAUGGAAACACUUCUAGUAGCACUGUUUGGUAUGAAAUGGCAUAUGCAGAGGCUAAAGGAAGGAUCAAAAAGGGUCAUAUUUUGUGGCAAUUAUCGUUCGGGUCGGGUUUUAAAUGCAGUAGUGUGGUCUGGAAGGCAAUCAAGAACGUUGAUAGAGAGAAAAUGAAUCCAUGGAGUGAUGAAAUCGAUGAAUUUCCUGUUGAUUUGAGCAACAUCAAUUCAUCAUAUCCUUACAAAUUUGAACGAUCUUAG